UCUGUUUCACACAACCUAAGACGUAGAAGAAUGGUUUAUGCCAAAGCAAAUCAGUACUGAUUCCCAAGAUUUUGUCCAAUUUUGGAAGAAUCAGUGUUGCCGAUGGAACAUACACCCCACAGAUUGGUCUAAUGGAGUUUUUGAUACAGAAAUUGAAAGAUGUUUCUCAGCAUACACAAUUCUUUCCGGAUACCAAAAGGAGUUUUGGGAAUUGGUUUUACACAAGAGACAAUGGAGCAUACUUAUACUCAUUUUGAUGUCAGAAAAGUACAGCGUUUUAUAUGAAGAGAAAUUGUUGGAAGAGAAAGUCGAACGAAUACAACAGACCUUUCUAACACUGAAUGGCUCCGAUGACGGAAUUUCCGAUAAUACUUUGCUUAUACAAGAAUUGAUAAACAAGAACAAAAUACUAACAAGAAAUAGAGAAGAGAGACUAGAGUUUAAAUCUGAGAAUAUCCGUACUCUUGUCAUGGGAUACUUUUCUCUAAACUGUUUAAAAACUGAUGAUGACUACACGAACUAUAUCAAAUUGUCAUCAUUUGACUCAGUGUUAGAAUAUGUUCGUACUGUAGACUACGAAGAUGAUAUAAAGGGGAAUUUGGAGAGAUUAAAAGAAAUGAAUGAGAGGAGAGAGAGUGGAAUAGACAUCUUGUCAUCAUCUGACUCAAUAUCAUCAUCUUACUCAAUGUUUGAUUAUGAUCGUAAAAGAUAUUUAUAUUUUCCGAGGAAGAUGGAGGAGACCUUGGUGAGAGAGUCUGGAAUAGACAUCGUACGACACUGCAUAGUGACACAAAAAAGGAUACAACAUUUUGUGUCUGAUAUUUUAAAUAUUCCAACGGAAAUUCUUAAUUGGGACUAUGAAGCAAGGUGCAGGUACGUAAAAUGUGCAAAAAAAGGAACACAAUCGAUUCACAGAGCUCGUGCUAUGAUUGUUGGGUGUGCUGGUGCAGGAAAAACCACCCUUCUGAAACGACUACAGAAGAAAUCCCUUGAUGAAUUCCAAAACACCCAAUCUACAAUAGGCUUAGAAGUGCAUGAGGACAUCUUUGAAAUUUCAAAGGAAAAUGAUUUUUUAAAAGCUUUGACAGAAGAAACGGAUAAGGAAGGAAAACAACUUUUGAGUGUCAUGGAUUUUGGAGGACAGUGUGUCUAUUACGCAUGUCAUCAGGUGUAUCUCAGCAGAAGAGCUUUUUAUCUGCAGGUGAUAGAUAUGUCAAAGUCGUUUAGUGAAAAAGUCGACCCAGCGCUAUGUGAACAAGAAGAGACGAUGUUUGCUGACUGGACCUAUGGGGAAUACCUGCUGUUUUGGCUGAAGUCAGUUCACACCUAUUGUGACAGAGAUGCUCCUGUUAUCAUCGUUGGAACUCAUCUUGACAAGGUUAAAGACCAGAAUUCUGACACUUUCUACAACAGUAUUCUGGAACACUUGCAGUUUAACAAACAUCUGAAAAAACAUUUGGACAGAAAGAGAUGCUUUGUUCUUGGAUUUCAGACAGAUGGCGUAUCUAACAGUGAUUCACUCUCAGAAUUAGAGAAGUGUAUUGUCGCAAUUGCCAAAGAAGAUAGAUGGAGAGAAACCAUUCCUUCAGACUGGGCUCUGUGUGAAAUUGUAUUCAGAGAAAACAGGAGACGAAAAACCAGAUUGGCGUUACUAGAGGAUAUAUCAUAUAAAUGUUUUGGUGGAAACGAAGAAAAAAUAUUCCAAAUAAGAGACGUUCUAAAAUUUUACCAUGACAUAGGGGUCGUACUAUACUUUAAUGACAAAAAUCUGUCUGAAACAGUCAUUAUUGAUAUCCAGUGGUUUAUUGAUUUCUUUACGAAUAUCAUUACCGACCCAAACCACAUCAGGGAUAUUGCAGAAAAUAAUUCGGAUUGGGAGAAUUUUUACAGAAGUGGUCAUAUUCCAGAUAGACUUUUGACUUGUUUAUGGAACGAAAGGUAUUUAGAGUUUGAUUUGUGGCACAGAUAUGAAAAGAAAACGAAUCUUCUCCAUUAUAUGCAGCGCCUUGGGUUAUUUGUUAUAGGUACCGACGCACAUUACAUUCCAUGUAUGAACAAACGUGCAUUUGGAAUUAAAGAAGAAGCUUAUUUUCAAUCUUUACAAACAAAAACAUCCGUAUUGGUCUUUAGAUUUCAGUUUCUGCCAUUUUUUCUCUACUACCGCCUUAUUGUUGCAUGUUUAACACGGACCAAUGAAGAAUGGGGGACGUUAGAAGACAAUGGUCUUUGUUUGUACAAAAACGUUGCCUGUUUUGCUUAUAAGCAACACGUGGUCGCGCUAGCGGUAAACAAUUCUUCAAUUCAGCUUCAGAUUUUUCAGCAAACCAAUUGCAAUGUUCUUGUCAUGAAAGAAGUAGCAUUGAAAGUACGUGAUACUGUUGAAAGCUUAUUGAAAGACCUACUUGGGAAUUUUCACACGAGAAUUGAUAUGUAUACAGUCGGAUACCAAUGUUGUAAACAGGAAGUGUUUCGUGAACACGAUGAUUGCUUUGUGGAAGAGAAAGUUAUUUACAAAAAAGGGAAGAUACCUUGUCCACGACAUGGAUUGAUCAAUCACCACACAUUAUGUGAAUCUUCUCUUCUAGUUUACUGGAAAUUGGGUGUUAAAGCGGAGAUUUCAGAUUUGGAUGACCUCCUGGACCAAGAUGAAUGUACUCGACUCUCCGAACCUGAAUUAAGAAAGUUAAAUUUUAAGACUUUUAAGAAACUCACAAAGUUAGGAAGAGACGCUUUGCAGCUCUAUUUUGACAGAUUAUUUCCACCUGUAGACCUGGUUACAACACUUACUACAAACAAGGACAAUCUAAAAUGUGGACAAUAUAAAAUGAAUGAAGAUCAAUGUACUCUGCUUUUUCCAGCUGAUAAGUCCAUUCCCACUUCCUCCACAUUUGAUAUAACCAUAAUGUACAAAUUGUUGAGGAACUAUGGUCCAUACCUCCUUCCUCCAAGCAACGGCUGGGGGAAGAAACCUGAAAUAGGACAGAAACUCCCAACUGAUGACGUAGAAAGAAUACGAAUAUACAGGAAUGAGAUGGAACAUAAAACACAGACAUCCAACGUGAUGGAGAAGGACGACUUUGAUCUGAAAUGGAAAGAUCUUUCUCAGGCAAUACUGAGACUUAGUAAUGGAUCGUUAAAACAAGACAUUAUAUCCCUCAGACGACAAAGCUAAUAUCUUAUGCGUGACGUCCAUGGAGAAUUAAAAAAAACAUUCCCCUCUCUCUAAUCCGGGUGGAAAAAAAAUCAUCAGCAGAUCACAGCUUGACAUAAUGGUGGUUCAUUUGAGACUACAUAGUAAUUACGAUCAAAGUGAGAAAAAAUAGUUGACUACUUCAUGAGAAUGGAAUUUUGUAUAUUGAGUGUGAUCGACCCACGUAUUGUCCAAGAUAUAAGAUUCCACAUAAAAGUUAUAGUUGCACAGUACUGUUUGAAUUUUCUGUUACUAUAUACGUAAGAGUCUGGUUUAGAGAGUUGUGCUUUACACACAAAGAACUGUAGCUAAGUUGUGGAAUACGUUGAUUUGUGUAAAAACUUAAUUAUCUAAAAGACCGUAAGUAGAAGCUUAAAAUAAAAAAUAAUCAUACCGAUCCAUGUUUUACUUAUAGGAGAUCAUCGUAAAAUAAGACAUAAGCGUGUUCAUGGUAACAGUUUCAUUUAUGCCAUUAUUAUAUGGUUAACUUGUACAUUUGUUCAGCCAACUCGUGCCAAU